UCCCAACUCCUGUGUGUGCCUGCCAACGCCUCGUCGCCCGCCGCCGCCGCUGCUUCGCCCCUCUCCGCCAGCCGCUCCCGCUCGGAGCACGCCGCCGCCGGCGUGGGCGCGCACCGACGGCCGUCGUGUCGCAUGGAUAUGGCCCCCGCGGCCGUCUCCUCCAACCCGCGCUCGGUCGAGGAAAUCUUCAAAGACUUCUCCGGCCGGCGCGCGGGGCUCGUCCGCGCCCUCACCUCCGAUGUGGACGAUUUCUGCAGCUUCUGCGACCCAGAUAAGGAGAACUUGUGUCUCUACGGCCUUCCCAACGGUAGCUGGGAGGUCUCGCCGCCGGCGGACGAGGUUCCUCCGGAGUUGCCCGAGCCGGCGCUCGGCAUCAACUUUGCGCGCGAUGGCAUGCAGCGCCGCGACUGGCUCUCACUCGUCGCGGUCCACUCUGACUCGUGGCUCAUCUCAGUCGCCUUCUUCUACGGCGCCCGCCUCAACGCCAACGACCGGAAGCGCUUAUUCAGCAUGAUCAGUGAUCUUCCUUCUGUCUUUGAAGCAUUUGCGGACAGGAAACACGUCAGGGAUAGGUCUGGCGUUGAUAGCAGCGGCAAGUCCAGGCACUCAUCAAAGAGAGGAAACGAUGGCCAUGCGAAGAACUCCAGGGCAGCAGCUCCUGCUGCCAAAGAGUACGACGACGACGAUGACGAGGAGGACGAGGAACACACGGAAACCUUUUGUGGAAGCUGCGGCGGCCUCUACAACGCGAACGAGUUCUGGAUCGGCUGCGACAUCUGCGAGCGGUGGUUCCACGGGAAGUGCGUGCGGAUCACCCCUGCCAAAGCGGACCACAUAAAGCACUACAAGUGCCCGGACUGCAGCUCGAAGAAAAUAAGGCAGUAGGUCCCAGUGUGCACCGCCGGCCAUCGCUGACCUGUCUGAUCCCAAACCAUACUCCAUUGCUUGCCUGCCUUGCCCCAAGGUCGCAGCUAGCAGAUGCGAAUUCCUUCAUUUGUGGGGGGUUGUUGUGUGAUGGAUAGCCUGGUAGGAAGAGGCAAAGGACUGAUAUAUAAUGACUCGUUUAUUGUUCAUCUUUUUGCCUGCUUCGUCGGUCGUCGCAGUCGUUGUGGCUGCAUGAACUGAUGAGUGGUUUGUUCGUGCUAGUUGUAGGCUGUUUCACUGAUUUGCGUGCGUAUGUGGACUGGUCCUGUCAAAUUUGUAGGCCUGAAACCGUACUUCCAUUUACGUGGCUACGCGAGCUGAUUUGCCGGUC